GGCAGGCAAUGCUUGUCUUAUAGCCCCAUGUCUUUUUCAGUAAGCAAUAUUGAUGAGCCACUGCAACAUGUCUAACCUGUGUGAGUGGUAUGUACUAGACCAGAGCUAGAGGAAAAUAACAUGUUUUCAUCUGGAUGGGGAGGCUUGUUUUGUUGAAAGAAGAAAGAAGAUGAGCUGGGAGGGGGAAUAACUGGCAACUGCCAUUCCCCCCUUCCACAUAGAGACAAGAAAAAACGGAGGCUACUGGAGUAUUUGUUUUUUUCUUUCGUUCUUUGUUCUUCUUCUUCCUCAUCGCCUUGCUUGGAGGUGCUUUAUCUUUUCAUUUGCUUGCUCUCUCCGUCCUCUGCCUCCUCAUCUAUUUCUCCAUUUACCUGGUCUACAAUUUAUUUUAUUUAUGAACGAGAAAAGGAAGGAAAGAUUUUUUCUUUUUUAAAUUCCUUAUUCAUUCUCCCUUCCCUUACCAUUCCUAUGACUCCCAAUCUUUCCCCCGUUACCCACGCUCCUCCUCCCCCCAUUUCUCCACUCACUGUCCACCCCAUAACUUUGACUAGUUUUUGAAUCCAUCAGUGUUUCAAUUAUCCAGAUUUUUCCACCAGAAAAGACUGGUUGAUGACACUAUUUUACCUUUUUCAUGUUUUUACCUUUCCUAUUUUGUACCUAUUUUCUUCUCCCACAAUCCUUUGCAUCUCUAUUUUGGGGAUUCUUAUUUAUAUUUAUAGGUAGGUAGGUCUCUUAGUGUUUAGUGUCCGUCUCAAUCUGUUUGUGUGUGCAUUUUUGUGUGUGUUACGCAUCCACAUAACACACACACACACACGCACGUUAAUCCACAGUAUGGCUUGGUAGAGGAAUGGUUCUUUCAUCAAAUCAUUCAGCUGGUACUUGUUUUCAUGACAUGCCAUCCUAUGCUCUUUUUCUCCAUCCCGAUCAUCACCUUUUUGCUUUUGACCCCCAUCAAAACCACAGUGAUACAUCCUACAACGCCUUCCUCUCUUCUCAGAGGAGCACAUUUUCUCUCACUGUAUUGCACAACAGUCUCUUCUCCCAUUAAAUGUGUAACUGCCUCCGUUUCCUUAUAUUGAAUCAUUUUACUCACACACAAGAGGAGACUAAUGCAAGGUCCCAAGGCGAACUCCAUAUCUAGCAAAAAAAGGAAUAAACCAAUAUAUUAUACUCUUCCCAUCUCAUCCUGUACCUCUUAUGAAACCAUAAGACUGCUGUCUGAUGACUGUCAAACAUAAUCUGUAGCUCGGCACUUAAUACUCACUCAUUUCUCAUUCUACUGGUCUGUCACCUGUGUAUGCAUCUCUCUCUACCCCCCCACCCCCUCGCCUCUCACUCCCUCUGACACACAAGCACUCCAAGAUAAUGGACUAAAACCUUUGCUGCAAUUCUUUACCUUUCAGAGGAUCUUUUUUUUCAUGCUUUUCUCAUCUGUCGCUCUCAUUUUAAGCGGCGUUCAUCUCUAUCCCAUCGUUGUUUUCCACCUACACCCCCACACUUAAUGAUCCAGUCAUUUCUUUAUUUGUUGCUCCAUCUUUUUCAUUUGCCAUCAGAAAAUGAUUCACAUCCCAGAGGGUCAUUUAGUAUUUCUGAUAUAAUUUGAAAGUUAUGUUUACUUAAAUGGGGAAUCAUUUUUGUAAGUUAUUACUGGGACUACUGUGAUAUAUUUUAAGGGGCAGGUAAUUUAGUGUAGUUAUUUUUGGAACAAUGUUUAGCAAUAGGAGGAGAAAACUGUUGAAGGCAGGGUGGUGAAAAGGUUGUAGGGAAUUGGGUUUAUUGCGACCUAACAAAAAUCUGACUUUUUGGUGUGAGAGAGGGAAUGCGAGCGGGAAAGAGGGAGUGAGAGAGGGAAAGAGAGUGAGAGAGGGAAAGAGAGAGUGUAAUAAACACAGCAAUAGACAUAUACAUAGAUAAGUAGAGAAAACCACAAUUCAUUCUCUCUCCACCUCUUUAUAUUUCCUUUUGUUCUUGAUGGAGAAUGUUAUGAUUCUCCUCUACGUUAUAUGAAGAUAUUGGGGAAUGAGAAAUGUUUAAAAUAUUCUUCACAAUGAUAAAUGCAUUCUGGAUGUAGCUGUUUUCCUGAGGAAUUACUCUGUCUCGGAUUGGACUCCAAAUGAAAGCCUCUAAUUAACUCUUAAUUGAAAUUCAGGACUUUUUGGUGGUUUUUCCAAAUGGACUUAAGCUGAUUUUAAUACUUUUUUUUCUACUCAUGAAUUUUAAUGGGAUUUUACUAUCAAGGAUUAAGGACUCAGCAUCUUUUAUCUUCUAGUGAUAUAUUUGUGAUUGUUACAAUUUCUCCUAUCUACAAACACAAUUACAUUUAGAAUCACUCCGUAUUAAGGGUUAAUUAGUUCACCCUCCCUCAGUCUGAGGCUAUGAGAGGGAGAGAGGAGUCCCAGGCCACACCAUCAUGCUACUUCUGAGAAGCAGGGAUGACAUUUUGGCUGCCAAUACACAAGGUAUUACAUUCCCACUUCUCGAUUAUGCCUGUCUGCGGCUGCCACAGCGCCUCCCACCCUCAGGAAAGGCGAGCGUCCCCCACACCCCUGCCCCCCCAGGAGGUGAGACGUCCUCACCGGCGCCGUGCGGCCCUCUCCUCCCUCUCCCUGUCCCUCCUGGGCCUCCUGAUGUGCCUGUUCCACCUGCCCCCCGCCUGUCACUCUCGCAGAGACAAGGGCGGGGGCGUGGCCCACUACAUCCCCAUGGCCCAGCCCCCCCACCACCAGGUUCUGCCCAAGCUGGUUCAGGGCCUCAGCAUCGCUGUGGUGCUGGUGGGCAACUCUAGCGAGGUGGCGUUGGCGGGCGCCCGGGAGAAGGACGACUUCCUGCACAUGCCGCUGGCGCCCAACGUGGAAGUGCUCACCAUGAACGAGACGGACCCAAAGAGCAUCAUCAAGAGCAUCUGUGACCUGAUGACAGAGCACUGGCUACAGGGCGUGGUGUUCGGGGACGACACGGAUCAGGAGGCCAUAGCCCAGAUCCUGGACUUCAUCUCUGCACAGACACACAUCCCCAUCCUGGGGGUCCGCGGUGGCUCCUCCAUGAUCAUGGCUGCCAAGGAUGACAACUCUAUGUUCUUCCAGUUUGGCCCGUCCAUCGAGCAGCAGGCCUCGGUCAUGCUCAACAUCAUGGAGGAGUACGACUGGUACAUCUUCUCCAUCGUCACCACAUACUACCCCGGAUACCUGGACUUUGUCACCAAGAUCCGGAGCACCAUAGAGAACAGCUUUGUGGGCUGGGAGCUGGAGGAGGUUCUGCUGCUGGACAUGUCAGUGGACGAUGGAGACUCUAAGAUCCAGAACCAGCUGAAGAAGCUGCAGAGCCCCGUCAUCCUGCUGUACUGCACUAAGGAGGAGGCCAACACCAUCUUCGAAGUGGCCCACUCCGUAGGGAUCACGGGCUACGGCUACACCUGGAUCGUCCCCUCACUGGUAGCUGGGGACGCUGAAGUGAUCCCUGCCGAGUUCCCUACAGGUUUAAUCUCUGUGUCGUAUGACGAGUGGGACUACGGCCUGGAGGCUCGCGUGCGCGAUGGGGUGGCUGUCAUCGCCAUGGCAACCUCCACCAUGAUGCUCGACAGGGGGGCACACACCCUGAUGAAGUCUGAGUGCCACGGGGCCACGGACAAGAAGGGGCCCAUUGCUGGGAACCCCAAUGAGGUGCUCAGGUACCUGAUGAACGUGACGUUUGAGGGCCGGAACCUGUCCUUCAGUGAGGACGGCUACCAGAUGCAUCCCAAACUGGUCAUCAUCCUACUGGACAAGAUGAGGCAGUGGGACAAGGUGGGGAAGUGGGAGAACGGCUCCCUGUCCAUGAAGUACCACGUCUGGCCUCGCUUUGAGAUCUACUCAGGGGCAGAGAGCCGGGAGGACGACCACCUUUCCAUCGUUACGCUGGAGGAGGCUCCGUUUGUCAUCGUGGAGGACGUUGACCCCCUCAGUGGCACGUGUAUGAGGAACACUGUGCCCUGCAGGAGACAGCUCCAAACAAUGCUAGCGGGAAAUAAAACCGUCGACUCUGGGAUCUAUAUCAAGCGCUGCUGUAAGGGUUUCUGCAUCGACAUCCUGAAGAAGAUCGCCAAGCACGUCAAGUUCACCUACGACCUCUACCUGGUGACCAACGGAAAACACGGCAAGAAGAUCAACGGCACCUGGAACGGCAUGGUGGGAGAGGUGGAGACGAAGAAGGCCCACAUGGCUGUGGGCUCCCUCACCAUCAACAAGGAGAGGUCAGAGGUCAUUGACUUCUCGGUUCCCUUCAUCGAGACAGGCAUCAGCGUCAUGGUAUCCCGUAGCAACGGCACCGUCUCGCCCUCUGCCUUCCUCGAGCCCUUCAGUGCUGAUGUGUGGGUGAUGAUGUUCGUGAUGCUGCUGCUGGUUUCGGCGAUUGCUGUGUUUGUGUUUGAGUACCUCAGCCCUGUGGGCUACAACCGCUGUCUGGCCGACGGUAGAGAGCCUGGAGGGCCCUCCUUCACCAUCGGCAAGGCCAUCUGGCUGCUGUGGGGUCUGGUCUUCAACAACUCUGUCCCAGUGCAGAACCCCAAGGGUUGGACCAGUAAGAUCAUGGUGUCGGUGUGGGCCUUCUUCGCUGUCAUCUUCCUGGCCUCCUACACUGCCAACCUGGCAGCCUUCAUGAUCCAGGAGGAGUAUGUGGACCAGGUGUCUGGACUCAGCGACAAGAAGUUUCAGAGACCCAAUGACUUCUCCCCUCCGUUCCGGUUUGGGACGGUCCCUAACGGCAGCACGGAAAGGAACAUCAAGAACAACUACAAGGAGAUGCAUGGCUACAUGAUCAAGUUCCACCAGAAGAAUGUGGAUGAGGCCCUCUAUGGUCUGAAGACUGGUAAACUGGACGCCUUCAUCUACGACGCAGCAGUGCUGAACUACAUGGCCGGGAGGGACGAGGGCUGUAAGUUGGUGACCAUCGGCAGUGGGAAGGUGUUUGCCUCCACGGGCUACGGCAUCGCCAUCCAGAAAGAGUCUGGCUGGAAGAGACACGUCGACCUGGCCAUCCUUCAGCUCUUUGGAGACGGUGACAUGGAGGAGCUGGAGGCCAUGUGGCUGACGGGGAUCUGCCACCAUGAGAAGAACGAGGUGAUGAGCAGCCAGCUGGACGUGGACAACAUGGCCGGCGUCUUCUACAUGCUGGGGGCGGCCAUGGCUCUGUCGCUCAUCACCUUCAUCGCCGAGCACGCCUUCUACUGGCAACUGCGCUUCUGCUUCAUGGGCUACUGCACGGGCAAGCCAGGCUUCGUCUUCUCCAUCAGCAGGGGCAUCUACAGCUGCAUCCACGGGGUUCAGAUCGAGGAGAAGAGCAGCUCAGCUCUCGACUCUCCAUCGGUCACCAUGAACAACACCCAAUCCAACAUCCUGCGUCUGCUCCGAACCGCUAAGAACAUGGCCUCCCUGUCCGGGGUUAACGGCUCACCCCACAGUGCCCUGGACUUCAUCCGUCGUGAGUCAUCCGUCUACGACAUCUCCGAGCACCGCCGCAGCCUGGCAGGUCACUCGGACUGCAAGCCUCCAUACUUGCCGGAGGAUAACAUGUUCAGCGACUACAUCAACGAGGUGGAGAGGACAUUCGGGAACCUCCACCUGAAGGACAGCAACCUGUACCAGGACCACUACCUGCACCACCAUGGAGGCUCUGCCCUGGGGCUCAGCGGCCCGCCACUUAACAGACCCCACAGCCUGGGCAGCAACAGCUCUCUGGAAGGGGGCAUGUUUGACUGUGACAGUUUAGGUGGAGGAGUGGCACCCAUCUUCACCACCCAGCCACGCUCUGCCCUGACCCACAGGAACAUGAGUAAGUUUGACCUGAUUGCCAGUCAGAACCCACCCUCCGGGCCGGGCUUCAAAUCGGGACUGUCAGAUCUGUACGGAAAGUUCUCCUUCAAGGGAGGGGCCUCUAGCUCAGGUUACAUCCCCGGGCACGACAGGUACUGUGGGGGAGGGGGCAGAGAGGAUGACGGAAACAUCCGUUCAGAUGUUUCAGACAUCUCCACUCACACGGUCACCUACGGGAACCUGGAGGGCAACGCUAAAAAGCGUAAGCAGUAUCGCGACAGCCUGAAAAAGAGGCCCGCCUCUGCCAAGUCGAGACGAGAGCUGGAUGAGAUUGAGCUGGGCUACCGGAGAAAGCCCUACCACACAGGCUACCACCACUACCACGGCCACCGCUCCUCCUCCCCGCCCCUACUGGCCUCCGAACGCAAAAGAGGAGGAAGCGGCAAUGCAGGGAGCACAUCCUACCUGUUCCGUGACAAAGAGAGUGUGAGGGAUUUCUAUUUGGACCAGUUCCGCCCCAAAGAUGGUGUCCCCCAAUGGGAACAUGUGGAUCUGACAGACGGUCCUGGAGGGGGGGGUGGAGGCGGCGGGGGGAACUGUACAAGUUUGGUGUCAGUGGACGACUUCCUGAAACAAAAUAAACCCAAGAAAUCAGAGUCUAAGAGUGGGGGAGGCACAUCAGGGGCGGGGUUGGCAGGAGGAGACUGGGAGUGUCGAAACUGCCGUGCCAGCGGAGGAGGGGGCAAGCAGAUGUCGAUGCAUGGCAGUGGGGCGGGGGAGAGGGGAGGCGGAUACGGUGGAGGGGUUAGUUGUGGAUCCUCGGGGGGUGGAGGGAACAGCCGUCCCAGCUCUGCCACCUGCAUGCGCUGCGAGGGCUGCAAAAAGACAGGCAACCUGUACGACAUCAGUGAGGACAACAACCACCUCUUGGAACAGAUGGGGGGUGGGAAAGGCGGAGGAAUGGGGGCUGUGGGGUUAAGUGGAGGCGCCCAGCCUCAAUCUCAAGCCCAGCGUAGGAAGUCUGCCGGCUUUGGAAAGCCCCUCCGACGGCAACACUCGUGCGACACCUUCGUAGACCUUCAGAAAGAGGAGGCAGUCGGAGUCAGGGGGAUCAUGGGGGAUCUAGGAGGGGGCGGUGGGGGCAUGGGGGGUGCAGGAAUGAGCGGGAUGUUGCCUCCUCCCAGAAGUGUUAGCUUAAAAGAGAAGGAGCGCUAUAUGGAGGGUGUUAGCCCCUUCGCCCACAUAUUUGAGAGGCAUGGAGGCUCAGAGAGGGAGAAGGAGCGAGACAGAGACCCUCUGUUCUACGGUGGUGAGAUGGCCAAAGAAGCAGGGUCGCCGUUCGGCUUGUUCCGAGGUGGCGAGGGCCUUCACCGCCGCUCAGUGGGGGAGAGGGACAUGAGGGACAGAGAAAGAGCCAUGAUGGAGGGCGGUGGAGGAGGAACCUACUCCUUAUCCAAAUCUCUCUACCCGGAUAGGGUCAACCAAAACCCCUUUAUUCCAACCUUUGGUGACGACCAGUGUCUCUUGCAUGGUGCCAAACAAUACUACAUGAAAAAGCAACAACAGCAACAGCAGCAGCAGCAGCAGAUGCCCCCAAAAAACAGCCGAAGUGACUUCCGGGGCUCCGUGGGUGUGACAUCUUUCUUGCCAGCGACUGCCACUUCUGGGGUCAUGUCCACCGUGGCCCCCAGGUUCCCUAUGGACCUGUGUCUGGGAGGGAACCUCCACGGCUCCACGCUGGGUGUGGGGCCAAUACAGCGCCCGUUCAAUGGCAGCAACGGGCACGUGUACGAGAAACUCUCCAGCAUAGAGUCAGACGUGUGAGAGAGGAGACUAGGUGGGGAGGCAUGGAGGGAGAGAGGGAUGGCAUUAGUCCCGGGAAGUCAGGGAUGAUGAGGCACUACUGUCCACAUUGCAACCGCAACACUUUUAACAAGGAAGGAGAACAGUCAGGGAAGAGAAGAUUAACGACAGAAUGGUGAAAAUAUUUGACAGAAGAGAGCAGGGUGAGUUAGAAGGGAAGAUGGGGACAUUCAUGCCCUGUUAUUUUGUUACAAAACAAUGAAUACAAGAGGUGACACGUGGGUAGGGUUAUGUUAACUCUAUUAUUUAUUUGGCCCUUGCCAUCAAUACACUCAAAAAGAACACAAAAGUGACACCUCAAUGUGAUAUUGCAAGUUUGAGCCAAAUGGCUCAGAGUCACACCUCCAGAGUGAUUAUGAAAAGGGAAUGUGAGUGAGUAGGGAAGUGUCCAUCUGGUCAAGUGUUAUUAGAGAAAGGAGAUGUUGUCAUGACUCAUGUUGAUGAUAGCGUCCGAAAAUGAGUUUUUUGGAAGACGAUGGCCGUGUUUACCCCCUGCACUAACUCUCCCUCUUUUUGCAUCUACACGCUUAGAGAAAAGGGUUCCAAAAGGGUUAUGUGGCUGUCCCCAUAGGAGAACCCUUUUUGUUUCCAGGUAGAAUCCUUUAUGGUUCCAUGUAGAACCCUCUUGUAGAACAGGUUCUACCUGGAUCCUAAAGGGUUUUGUACCUGUAACCAAAAGCGAUUCUUCAAAGAGUUAUUUUAUGAGGACAACCGGAGAAUCCUUUAAGGUUCUAGAUAGCACCUUUUUUUCUAAGUGAGUUGUUCUGCUCCCUUACACCCAAACAACUGUCUUUGACUCUUGUUUGCUAUGAUCAUUCAAUCAUAAAUGAAAAUAAGAUAUUCUUACUGAAAUAACAGGGUAAAACAACAAUAAUGUUAUUAACAAUGUGAUUAACAAAAGUGAUAUUAUGAAGUGCUUAUGACUUUGAGUUUGUUUUAUGUUCCUUUGAUAUUUCAAUACUGUUUAAUAUUUGUUAAAUUCUUUGUCUGCCCGAUGGUGGCAGGAAGCUUGUUAUCUAAUUCAACUAACAAGCCUGAAGGACUGAGUGAAAAGUCAUUAGGUCUCUUGUUUUUGUUUUAAUGAUAUACAGUCCAUGCUCAUUCAUUCAUUUGCUGGUUGCGGAAAGAUCUGGAAGGCAUCAUUUGCACAGUACUGAACGGUUCUUCUUUGUUUGAGGUUUCAAGAGGUUUCACACCCUGCUUCUGAACUUUUGUUGGUCAACAACUGUGAAAGACGUGUCUUGUCCUGAAGCAGAUGGCUGAAGAUACUGACUGAAGGACGAGCCUGAAAGGACUCCAGAUGAUGUGCACCCCAGAGAGCUCAGCAGGGCGUGAUGUAACAGCACGAUACGUAGGGAACAAGGUGUUAAGAUGUGUACGAUAUCCACUUGUCUCGAAGGAAAAAACGUGCUGCUCUGAAACCAAGUCGAUAUUUACAGAUGAGAGACUGUGGUGUGUUUCAAGACAACAACAUGUUUGAAUAACUAACACUUAACUUGAUGUGGACGUUAUUACACAGACAUUACAAUACCAUCGGAAGUGCUUCAUAAACCUGUCACACGUCCAUACUAAAGAACACCACACAUACUGUCAGACUGCUGUGCCUCAUCUAACAAGCAUUUGAUCAACCCUUCUGGAUCCAGGUUCCUAGAAAACAGCCAGCCGCCUCCUAGGCUCACUUUUUAACACACCACUUAUCUCGUAAAACCCGUUGCGUUCACUCUCUGAAGUGAGGAAGGUCCAUACAGGCUUAUGAGACACGUUGAAGAAGCAUUUGUGAAUGCAGUUUUACUUCACGGCAGUCAGAGUGUUUAAUGUGUAUUAUAGGCGUAUGCUCUGUAAUUCUAAAUUGAACUCAAAUCCUCUUAAAAGAUGUUGUUGCCCACAGAAGAUGGUAAUGGUAUUGAUGAACGACUGAAUGUGAGUCGUGAGGAUGUCUCCAAAUGGGACAUUCCUCCUGUAUAUUGCACGGUACCCCCCCCCCCACAGACUUUCUGAAAUACAUGCCUUAUCAUAUGAAACUGACUGAUGACACAAGAUAUUGUACAGCACAUGAGCCUUUCAGUUAUUGAAAGGUUUUGUCUUCAAUUAGUAUGAGGUGUCAUUAGUUCAAGGGCUGCAGGAAAUUGUGUUUCAGUGCUGAAUGGAGAUUGAAGGUGCUGAGGGAGUAGAUUGCGCUGAGUCAUUCCUACUUCCAAUACGAUCAGACUGCACCUCUGUAAUAUGGAGGUGGAAGAUGGAGGGGAAAUGAUUGAGUGACAACAGCUGUUUUCCUAGACCUGUUGAUAACCUAUUCAUUUAGUCAGUACCGACUUCUCUCUCCAUACUAUUAAGAUGAAACCCAUCAAGUUAGCCUUAAAUCAAACCGAGUCAACACCCCCCUGUGAAUUACUUCACAAAUGGACUUUUUAUAUACACAUAUUCUGGAUGGUUGUCCAGUAUCAGAAGGUUUGAAGAAGCAACGGAAAAGAAGUGGAAGAAAUGAGAGUUAUUAUCAAUCAACGUCAGCAUUAGUAUGUUCUCUAUUUUCCCUGUAAAUAUAUUUUGAAACUAUUUUCCCUUUGUACAGUAGGCAGACAGUCAGGAUGUAAAUUUCAAUAUGUUUUACAACAAUUUAAGAAAUAAACAAAAUGGUAAUAAAAACAUAAAAAUACAAAAACAAAAAUAUGGAAAAUAUAGUUAAGACAAAUAUGAUUAAUAAUGAUAAGUGACAUGAUUGAACCUUUUAUUUGCUUUAAAUCUCAUAUUUACUUAAUUACAAAAGUUCACCAAUAAAUAUAAAUAUUAUUUUUAGAAUAUGCUUUUUCUUAUUUUCAGUAAAGUGUUGGAAAUUGAGGAUAAUUUAGUGUAGACGUCUGGUGAUAAGGGGGAACGUUUAGUUUAAGAGUCUUUGCUAAGUUUCCCUUGAAUUGUGUUAGAUUCUCUUUUAAGAUAGGCUACUCUUCAUGCUUUUACGGGACACACACAAUUAUCUAUACGUUUAUGUAAUACAGUAUCACAUGUAUACAUACCAGUAGAUGGCUUUUGCAUAUAGAGACUGUAUAUUGUGAUCCUUCAUUUAAGCAAUCCUCAUUAAUUAAGUAAUUGACUGCAAGAUCAUUUGUGUUAUGUUGCCCUUUAUUCAACUGGGAUCUGAUGCCGACUGCACUGGUGUUGAUAGAGCCUACACUACACAGGCCUGACUCUUCCUCCUCAUUCUGUGUAUCUUUAAUAAGGAUAAUACUGAUAUCUUCAGUGAUACGUGUCAGUAGCACUGGGCACAACACAUUGGACUUUUCCCAGUGUUGCUCUCAUAAUAACAGAGGAUGGUGGUGCAGAUGGGGUCAAAAGGAAAUGGAAAUGCAGUUUUUCAACCCUUUAUAGAAGGAUGAAAUGUUUCUCAUCCACGUCACCUAAACAUAAUGUGCAGAUGGUUAGAAAUGAAGGGUGAAUCAAGUAAUUCAAGGCAAUGAGUUGACAUCAUUAUGUUCAUUUGGGUUCUUGUCAGAGAAAAAAAUGAUAUCCUUUGUGAUGUAUUUAUCCUUGAUCAAAUCUCCACUGUGUGUCAAACUGUUUGGUAUGCAUGUGUGAGGAGAUAUAUAUGUUGUCUAAGCCAUUUUUUAUUUAUCUGCUAGUUUUUGUCUGAGCAUUAUUGCUUUCAGUAACUUUCGAUCUGUUUAUUUUCCAACUUUUUGGGAGAAAUCAUUUUAGCUUGGCAUUUGUCAUUCAAAUGGAUUCAUGUCUAGAGGGUUUUUUCUGAAAAUUGAAAUUGAAAGAUGUGUUUUCACUGCACUCUGUUUGGGUCUGCAUAUUUUUUAUGCAACUCAUGUUGAUUUUUACUCAUCGCAAUAAACUGCAUGAUCCCUUGGAGUGUUUGUGUUGGAAUCUACUGGUGUGUUGAUUAGUCUUGAAUGGAAGAAUCCCUUUAAAUGUACGGGCAAACAUUGUGAUAAGGAUGGUCAGGAACUCUUCUUGAAAAUGGCACUCUGGUCUUAACUGUUUUUUUCACUGGUUGGACAGGGUGGAAUAAACUGAUACUGUCGUACCCUUUACCACAGCUACUCUACGGACAGCAAGUGAGAAACAGCCAGCAGGGUUUUUUUCCCCCAAGGCCUUGUGGUCCCAGUUCCACUCUGCACAAGCAUGUCAGUACACAUACACAUUUGUUUAAAUGGGGUAUGAAGCUAAAUGCAAUGUCACAUCAGCCAAAGCAAGGAAAUGCUCUGCCAUGGUAGUGGACUGUAGAACAGGCCGAUGCUAUUGGGUGGAUACUCCAGCUGGAACACAUUGAUCUAAUAUGAUAACAAACAUCACUACAUCUACAACACUGGUUUAUUCCUGUAUUUCAAAGUUGAAUAAACAACACUGGUUCCAUUGUGUUUUUAUUAUAAUAUUUUGCCUAUUGAUGAAAAGGACUUACAGUUUUUGAACUAUUUCAUUUGUAUAACAAUAUAAACGUUGAUAGUAAUAGUAUUACAAUUAUUACAUUGUGAACACAGUGAUUGGUUACAGGCCUAUUAAGGGUUAACAUUGCAACUUGAUGCCUUUUUUGUUGCGCUCUCAUUUCUUGUAGAUUGAAUGAAAGUGGUGCACUGUGUGUGUUUUUGUGUGUAUGCUCGAAUGGUUGAUCAGUUGUGGGCGCGUGUUUAUUUCAGCAUAUAACCUGUACAACGGUUAGAUUUUCUUUUGUCUUCAUGAUUAAGAUUCAUAACAGGACACAUGUUAUAGUAAAUGUGGGUAACAUUGGUUAAGGGGUUGUUGCAAAAUGUAUUUUAUAAAAAAUAUUCAUUGCUGAGAGUGUGUACAGACAGCCUGCGUUUUAGGGCAAGUUUGUGAUCUUUCUUUACCGAAGCUGAAUAUCCUGAUUGAAUUAACCAUGAGUAGGUGAAAUGUAACAUGAAUAGUAUCAACUGUAUACAUAUUAUUGUGGGCCAUUAUUUCUCCUUUUGUGGCCCUUUCUUUGAAAUGUUACACCAUUUUUACACCAUUAUACAAACAGAAAAUUAUAUACAAAUAAAGAAUUGUACAGAUUGUGUAAAUAUGAAUAUUUGAGAAAACAUUUAAACUCAUUCCUUAAAUUUUUUUUUGUAUGGAAAUGAUUAAAUUAACCACAAUAACAAAUGAAUAAAGUCAUUGGAUAUUUGCACAAAAAAAAUCAUCAUGGUACCUCUAAUAAGGAUAAUACUGAUAUCUUCAACGAUAAGUGCUAAAACAUGACUUAUUUCUCUUUGUACAUGAUGAACAAAAAUUACGUGUUGAGUAUUAAUUAAAAAAAAUGCCAAUCUCACAAA